AUGAAAAUUAAAAACUAUUUUUUUGUUUUCAUUUUUUCAUUAAUUUUUAAUUUCAUUCACUGUGCAAUAACACUUAAUGAUGUAUCACAGUUAAAAAACUAUAAUCUAUAUGCAGACUCUGACAAAAUAUGUAAUUUAGAAUUUGAUUUCUAUUUAGAAGAUUCAAUAAAUAACCCAAUCUUAACAAGCACAGUUUCCUCAUCAGGUGGUACAUUAUAUUUCUCUAGUACAACCCAAAAUAGACUAUUAUGCAAAUUAAAAUUAGCUUACUCUACAACCACAACAACCCAAAAUAUAAUUACUGUUGGUUCUCAAAUAUUUAACUAUCCAUCAUCAUCCAUUACAUGUACAACUUUACCUUCAACAUUAGAAUAUGUAAUGAUUUCAAAUGUUCCAAAUAAAGUUUCAAAUAGCGAAUAUAAUAUCAAUCUUAUUAUUAAUAAUAUUAAUAAGAUUUUGCCUACUACAUCAUCAGAUGACUUAAUUUUUAACUAUUGCCCAGAUUAUUUUGUUUGUAGAACAAGCCAAGUUGGUUUUUCAAAUUAUUUUAUUACAUCGAUCAGAUUGGCAAACAAUGGAAAAAAUAUUCAAAAUGUUGAUUUUGAUAUUAGCUAUCAAGUUAAUGAUAAAAAUAAAACAUUUAUUAUUAAAUCACCAUUUUCAAGUUAUAAUUUAAGUAGUAGUAGUUUUAAUUUAUCUUCAUUUUAUAAAAGUUUUUCUGGUUCUAAAGAUUUAUCAAACUUUUUAAAAAUCAAAGGUGAUACAAGUAAUGGUAUUGUUAAUAAUGUAUUCUUAAAGUUUUCAAAUAAUCAAAUUCAAUCAUUAACACCAGUAUUGGGUACACCAGGUAAUGAUACCAAUGGUAUUGGAAUUCAAUUGUUCUCAUAUAUGGGAAAUUCGAAUGCAGAAGCUAUUCAAUUAGUUUAUUUUAGUCCUACUGGUCUUAGUGUUGCUAGUCAAAUUAAUUCACAAGAAACCAUUGUCAAGCAACCAAUCCUAUACUCAUCACUGAUUGGGAGCAAUGAUUUUUAUGAUCCAGUUUCAGGUCUUCAAAUGGUCACUUUAACAUCAGAUAAAAGUAACUAUUACGAAACAUACAUAAAUACCGAAAAAUCUAUUCAAUUCCCAUUAGGAUUUACAUCAUCAUCAAAGUCAAACCCAAUAACCUUUACCAAAGAACUAUCACUUGGUAUUAGUCGACACACCGAAGGAACUAAAUCUUUUCUUUUUGAAGAUAAAACAACUACCGCUAGUUUUACUCCUACUCAAGGUCUUGAUUAUAAACCACCACAAAUUGUAUCUAUGAAACUUAAUUCAGUUGGUCUUGUAUCAAUAUUACAAUUUGAAAUUACCGAUGAUGUAUCUGGCUUUCUCUAUUUAAUGCUUUCAAAUGGGGUUAAGAUGGACUCUAGUUACUUAGUCGAAGGUACACUUUUAAAUGGCAAAUACGAAUACAUCUUUAAUCUUUUAGAUUUAGAAUAUCAAUCGGAAUUACGUGUAUAUAAAAUUUGUGAUUCAGCCUUUAAUUGCUUUGACUUUACUACUUCUGCUCAAAAACUUAGUAUUUAUAAUUUAAAUACAGCUUCUUCCUUCCCAUCAUUAGGUAACCCCCAAGCCUCCUUAAAUGAUAUCACAUCAUUCUCAUUCAAACAAAACUCAAUUGAUACCACCAACCAAAAUGUCUUUACCAGUGUUUAUUUCAACAUUUCAAAUGCUAACCCACAAACUGACUAUCCACCAUUUUUAGAAUUAUUUAAUGAUGGUAUUUCUUAUUACGACUAUAAAAACAACCAAGUUAUUGACAAAAUUAUUUUCCAAGCCUAUUGGAACUAUGAUAUAAAAAUGUACCAAAUUGAUUUUACCAUCAGAAAGAACCAAUUCACUACUGACGACUUUACUUAUUGGUUAAACUAUCAGGGUCAAAGAUUAUCAAAUACUCUUUUACAAUCUAAAUUCAAAUCAAGCGCCAAACUCUCUUUGUCAUCAGACUAUGCAGACACAAUAGGUCCAAUAGUUACAUCGGUCACUCCACUUCAAGAUAAAUACGAAAUUCCAAUUACACAAAACUCCCCAAUUAAAGUAGGCUGGAAGUUGAAUAUUCAAGAUCAAUUUAAUGGCUUUAAAAGUGGUUAUGUUCAAGUUGUUAGUAAAGAAACAGGUAAAAUCUAUACCACUACAUUAACUCCAACCAUUUUAGGUUCUCUUGAAAAUGAAUUUUUAGUUACAGUUGAUGUUACUGGUAACUGUGUUUCACAAACAUUUGCAAUUAAUCAAAUAUAUUUAGAAGAUACAGGUGGCUAUGUAAGUUAUGAAAGUUUAGAUAGUUACUUUUACUCUAGUAUGAUCAUCUCAUCAUUGGUCCAACUCAAAUCAUUACCAUCAAUCUUUGUUGAUUGCGACAAAAUUGAUGAAUCAGUUUUACCAUCGCUAGUAUCAUUAAAUAUGUCCACUCAACAAUUGGAUGUUGGAGCUGAAAAUAGAAAUGUUAAGGUUUUCUUUGAAGUUUACGACAACAGCGGUAUCGAUAAAUCCCAAACACCAAUAUGCUAUUUAGAAAACAUGGCCUUUAACUUCCACCCUACCAAAGCUCAAAUUAUUGAGUCCAACCAUACCAAUACCCAAUUCCUUUGUGAUAUCCAAGUACCAAUUGGCUUUGGCUAUCAAGGUACUUUAUUACUUUCCAUCUAUGGUAUUUUCGACCACAGUAAUUUAGUUGGUUUCAGCACAAAAUAUAUAAUGGAUAAAGGUUUCCCAAGUUUUAUUAAUGCAGACACAUUUACACUUUCAACACCAGCAAUUUACUCUGUCGGUAAAUUCUUUUCAAGCGACUCAAAGAUUACAAUUAUUGGUAGAUCAUUAGAAGGUUCAUCCAUUCAAAUCGAUUAUUUACAAGGUUUUGGUUUUAAAAACUUAACUGGUACACAACAAACACCAUCUAAUAGCAAUAGCAACUCUAUUUUAAUCUCCACUAUCAACAAGAUUGGUUUCCCAUUUGACAUACGUAUAAUUAAUUCAAAUCAAGUUUCAAAUACCUUUAGAGUCGAACCAAUCAUUUCGGGUAUACCAAUUAAUUCAAAUACAAACAAUUCUGUUGAAUGUUUAAGUGAAUGUGGCGGCCCAGAUCAUGGUACAUGUACUUCAAAUGGUUGUAAAUGCAAUUUACCAUGGACAGGUUUAGAUUGUCUUUCCAAGAUUUCUUUAAUUGAAAACUAUACACAAACCAACCCAAACAAACCAACCAUUACAAUCCCAAGCACCAAAGACGAUCAACUCACCAAAACAAUUGAUAUUUUAUUAUUAAGAGAAGUAGACUCCAGUAACACCAGUUCUAUCUACAGAGAGUAUACAUUAAACUCUUGGGUUAUUGUUGCAAAUCAAACCAAUGGUUUCAAAUAUACUGCCACCGUUAACAGCACACCCACCUACCCAACCACCAUCAAUGUAUCAACUGUUUGGACCAGUAUUAAUAAUGCCACAACCAUUCAAUAUCAAGUUGACAUCAGUGCAUAUUCUUUCUUAAGCAAAAACUCAGGUCUUCAAUUAGUAUUCUCAAACUCAUUAGCUAAAGCAUCAUCAUUUAAAGGUGUAGUUUGCUCCAGUGUAAACAACACAGCCGAAUUACUCAACGCCAAUAUAAUCGACAACAAAUUGAAAAUGAAUCAAGAUUCAUUAUUAAACCAAAUUAGUUUAAUAGCUUCAAUAGAUAACUCUCAAGGUUUAAUUACUACCCAAUUACUUAGCACUACAAAUAGUAUCUUAAAUAAUAAUAAUGGCACCAGCAUAGCUAAUAAAGGUGAUUCAAUUAAAAGUUUAAUUGCUGUUAAUAUUCCACAUUUUAAUGUUAUGGCCUCAGUAAAUUCAAAAUACUCUAUCAUCAAAGAAUCAAAAACAUUAACCUCUAAAGAUUUAUCAACUGUAUGUGUAUCAAAAAAUGUUAAGGGUGGUUACACUGACCAAAAGAAAGCUGCCACCGCUAUUGCUGUAGUUGGUUUCUUCAUGCUUUCUGUAAUGUUUUUAUGGUUCUUUAUUAUUAAACCAAGAAGAGACGCAAAAAAAUUAUAA